AACACAUGAUUUAAAAACCAAUUUUACUGUUCUGUUUAUUAACUCAAUGAGAAAAUUCCUUUAAAUUUAAACAAAGUUUAUAUUUUGUGAUCAUAAUUUUCGUUAACAGUUUAAUCUAAAAGUAUAAUACAAUUAUGUCAACGCCAGUUUUAUCAGUUAUCCGUACUUUGAUGAAAAAAAGAAUUGAACGAGACAACUUUGAUAAAAUUUUAGAAAAGGUUGUUAUUACUAAUGCUGGACAAGGCAAAUUGACGGCUGAAAUGAUUGUUGGCCAGGAACAUUCUAAUCGAAGUCAAAAUAUUCAUGGUGGAUUAAUAGCUACAUUAAUUGAUGUCCUAUCAACUUUGGCUUUAGCUUCAACAGAUGUCGAGUCAUCACCUGAUCUCAACAAUUUUACAGAAUCUGCAUCUGCAUCUGUCCAGUUAAACGUUACUUAUAUUCGUCCAGUGUCUGUGGGUCAAACAUUGCUUAUCGAGUGUAAUACACUGAAUAGAGGACGGACAAUGGCUUACCUGAGUGUUGACUUAUUCAAUAAAAACGAUGGUAAAUUAAUUGCUCGAGGAAGCCAUACUAAAAUUUUAUUCACCAAAACUCAUUCAGAGUGAAACGAUAAUUGUAACAGUGAUUGUAUCAAGCAUCAAGUAAUUUUUUCAACUUGAUUAAGCCUGGACCUUACGUUAUAUUUUGAGAGUAGAUCUCCGUAAAGCAAUUGUUGGAUGUUGAUUAGUUUUUGUAUCAAAUAGUGAUCAAAUCAUCCGUGAUAUUAUAAUUUAUAGCAAAUUACUGAAACUGCAUCUUAUAUUCACUUUAAAUGUACAUUUUAUCAAUUUUAUUUGUCGAUUGCCAGAUUGAUUAAAAAAAGUAUCAUUCAUACUUAA